AUGCUUAUGAAUUCUCCCUUCUCCGCGCUUUAUCUGCGCUGGAAGCAGCUUCCCAACCUCCAUAAAGUGAUAUCUGUGUCCGGCCUAUUUAUUUUCUUAUUAGUCGUAUUUCUUCAACCUAAUCCCGACGUUGCACGCGAUGGGUGGAACCGUCUUACACAUUCCGAUACUGGCCCUUUGGCUGGUGGAAUUCCUCUUCGUGUCAUGUUCAUAGGCGCUUCUAUGACUCUCGGUGAGCACUCAACUGGCGAAGUCGGUUAUCGAAAACAACUUCGCGACUGGAUGGUUGCUAGAGGCAAUCCAGUCAACUACGUCGGUCAGAACCGAUAUGGUGACUUCAAAGAUAACGAUGUCCAAGCAUUCGGUGCCCAACCUAUAAAGCCGACCCUCGAUCGCCUUAAAGAAGUCGUACCUCAAACCCAACCAAACUUGGUCAUAAUUAAUGCUGGAUCAAGUGAUUGUUUCCAGCUAGACCAUUGGGGACCGGCGUAUGUUUUUCAGAAAAUGCGCGACCUAGUUGACUUUAUCUUCGAAGCCUCGCCGCGAAGUACCAUUAUCAUGUCCACCAUCAUAAUGAGCCCGUGGGAAGGCACGGAGCGUUGCGUCAGGAGCUCUAAUGCCCAGAUACGUCAGGUGGCUAUCGACCUUAUUCGGGAGGGCAAGCCAGUGGUUAUGGCUGAAAUGCAUCAUGACCAGGGUCUACCGAAUCGCGUCGUGAAGCAGGAUAUUGGACCUGAUGAUAUGCACCCUACAGACAAGGGUUACUUCAAGAUGGGAGACAUCUUCAUAGAAAAGAUCAUAGAAGUUGAGAAAAACGGUUGGCUACAGGCCCCAGUCGAAAAUGGCGUCCCAGCAGAUGGCGAGGCUGCUAGAGAUGCUGAAGAUGCAAUCAACGCGAAUCAAGAGAAGGCAAAGGAGAAGGAAAAUAAGGAGAAAGAACAUAAGGAAGGAAAGGAAAGUCAGGACAAGAAGGAAAAGAAAUCCCCUAGCAGAAGAAGCCACGAAUGGGGGAAAGCGCUUAAUAGGCGACAUAUGGCCGUUUAA